AUUAAGCAUUGUGUGAACUCGUUUGAAUGUAACGGACGUUCAUUUAUAUGUAAAAGUUCCCACUGCAGGUUUAAAUGCAGUAGUUCUAUGUAAGCAACCAAUCGUUACCAGUUCCGUACGUUACAUAUACUGUAGGUAAACCUAAAGUACAAGCAAGAGCAAAGAUAAGAGGAAAGUCUGAGGAUUUAGGAUUUAUUCCCUGCUGAACUGCAUAUACCACUUCUUCACUUCACCAAGCUACAAUUUUCAAUGACCUUAUGGUUGCGAGGUGGUCCAGGUCCCUCCAGGGCUGCUUUGCAGAGGAUGAACCUGUGCUCUACAUCCUGAAUCUUGUUCCUGGAUGGGAGGAAAUGAGAUCUCAGUCAGGUGACUCUCGCCAACCAUGAGCGGUGGAGUGAAUAUCAAAGUCAUAUCUCAGAACCAGAGUGACGCAAGUGUCAGCUCUAGUUUGCCUUUACCUCGAAGCAUGAUGCCCCUCUCCAAGAUGGAUCCCAAACAACAAUACAGAGGCCUCCCCAAUCCUACGGUGCAGUAUCAGCAUGCCGCCAAACGACAGCCGUCCUACUCAUCAUCUUCCGUUUCCUCAGGUCCUUCAGAGCUGCUGAGAGGCACAGCUUUAAAGAACCACCUGCUGCAGCAAAAGAGUGGCAUGUAUUCUCAUAGGAGCCCAGCGGCCACGGAGCGAACUGACGGAACAUGCUCGGCGUACAGCAGCCCUCAGGUACCGAAGAAGGAAAUCCGACGCUCUAAAGAUACACUGGACCUCCGCACCAGCACACUGACCCAGAAAGCUUUACGAGACCUCCAGUUAAGAAGAAACACCAACAAGAACUGGACCUUUGGAAAAUAUCGUCUGAAAAAUGUUGACAACGCAGAGGAGGAUGAGUCCUUGUGUCGGCUCUCGGCUACUAACCAAUUUAGCCAAGGAAGAGGACGUCUCCUCUACACUAAAGGUACAAAUGAGAAUGAGAUAUCUUCAGCUGGAAUGGGGAACUUCCAAAAAGAGGUGAGGAACAUCUCCAACCAGGACGCCUCUGAAGGAGAGGCGUCCAGUAACAAAUCAAAGUCUUCAUAUCAGACAUUCAACAUGCACCGCAGAGGGAGUGAGCCAGGAAAGGUGAACAUGGCCACUGUCGCUCCCUUCAGGUUCAGGUUUCAGGUCCAUGAGGAGAUGGAUGCCUCCCUGGAUGAUCUGAGUGACUGUUCCUCUGAUUCCAUGGAGGUCUGCUGUGACGAUCUAGGAGGCAUGCUUGGAAAUAGUGUGAAAGGCAGAGAAGGCGAUUUGAAGAUGGAAAGGACGGAUAGCACAAAGGCAUACGGCCAAGCAGAUGGCAAAGGAGUUGGUAUGGCAGCCAAGAGGGCCAAGUCUGGGGUGCCCCAGAGCACACAGCGGGGUGAACUAAAGGUUUACCGGGCGGGUAGCUCUGAAGGCAGGCUACCAGUGUCCUCCAAUCUCCGCAAGCAGAGGUCUAUGACAAACCUGGCUGUACUCACUGAUGCUGAGAAGAAGUUGCACCUUUACGAGCCCAAGUGGUGUGAUGACAUGGCCAAGCCUGGAGCGGGCCAGACCAAGACGGGCAAGCCAAAGACAGCAGGGGGUGGCAGCAGCGCCGUAGGGGGUGCCCCUCUCUCUCGAAACCUAUCAAAAUCGGAGCAUUCGCUAUUUCAGGGUAAACCGAAGCCCUUCAGCCCUCUGGCUGCUCCCUCUUCCCUGAACAAGCAGAGCCGCAUACCUCGUGGUCCUUAUGCUGAGGUGAAGCCCCUGAGCAAGGCACCUGAGGAUGGGAAGUCUGAUGAUGAGAUCCUCUCCAGCAAGGCGAAGGCCAACGCAAAGAAACAGGGAGCCGGAGCGGAGUCCGGUUCUAAAGGCCAGGGGGAGGAAGGGGGUGACAAGCCCUUCCUGAAGGUGGACCCGGAGUUGGUGGUUACAGUGCUGGGCGACUUGGAGCAGCUCCUCUUCAGUCAGAUGUUAGAUCCUGAGUCCCAGCGGAAACGGACCGUGCAGAAUGUCCUUGACCUCCGCCAGAAUUUGGAAGAUACAAUGUCAAGCCUGCGGGGCUCUCAGCUUGGCCAUAGCUGUCUGGACAGCAGCAGUGUGGGCUACGACAGUGACGAGACCAACGCUCGCAGCAUAUCCAGCCUGUCCAACCGCUCUUCACCUCUCUCCUGGCGCCAUGGCCAGUCCAGCCCCCGUCUUCAGGCGGGCGAUGCCCCAUCCUCCACAGGUGGAGGUUAUCAGGGGAGUAAGACUGGUUCCAAGUAUACGGCCCAUACGAUGCCAGCUCGCUGCUCCAGUCGUCUCAGCAGCACGUCUCGUAUUGAGCUCAUCGAAGGGCUGGACGUUGAUGACGCCGACCUCAAGUCUGGUUACCUGAGUGACAGUGACCUUCUAGGAAAGAGCCUGCCGGAUGACGACGACGACAACCUGGCUAAUGGUUGGGAUGAAAGCAGCUCUAUCAGCAGCGGGCUCAGUGAUGGUGACGGUGAUGGGUCAGAGAACCUCAGUUCAGAGGAGUUUAAUGUCAGCUCCUCCCUUAACUCUCUGCCAAGCACACCCUUGGGAUCCAGACGCAACUCCUCUGUUAUGCUCCGUACUGAUGCAGAAAAGCGCUCCCUGGUGGAAAGUGGACUUUCCUGGUACAGCGAGGACGGCAAGGCCAGCCACAAGCUCGACAGUUGCAGAUAUGACACAGGGAGUCUCAAGACAGAGGCUCCAAGCAAGUGGAGAAAGAAGCCUCCGAGCCUCAGUGAUGAUUCAGCGGGUAAAGGAGAACUGAAGAAGCCUCAAAGUUUGGGUCAGCCAGGGAGUUUUAAGAAAGGUCGUAAUCCUCCUGUGGGCGUAACCUCCCCCAUCACCCAUACCUCUCAGAGCAUGCUGAAAGUUGCAGCACAUAAAAGUGAGAAGCCACAGGAUAAAUCCAAGAUUUCCAUCAAAACUGCUGGUCUCCAAAGGUCUCGUUCAGAUGCUGGCAGGGAUCAUCACGGAGAGCAUCGCAAGCCCCCCUCAGGUUUAGUUAAACCCACCGCUGGAGCCUCCUUUGGCUACAAGAAACCACCCACAGCCACUGGUACUGCGACUGUUAUGACAGCAGGGGGCGCCACCAUCUCCAGUGGCUCUGCUACUGUGGGGAAAACUCCCAAGUCAUCUGGCAUCCCUGUGAAGCCUGUUGGAGGAGGAACACCCUCGGGUCGCAAGAACAGUUUUGAUGCCAGCAGUGAGCAGAGCUUCCUGGGGCCUAACGCCCGAAACAGCAUUCAGUACCGCAGCCUGCCGCGACCGGCCAAAUCGAGCACGCUCAGUGUGAUUGGCCGCCCUGCAUCUCGGCCUGUCAGUGGUACCAUUGACCCCAGUCUGUUGAGUUUGAAACCUGUGACCAUAGCCUCCGCAGGCCCCAGGGUUAAAGAGCUGAGUAGCUGCAGUAGUAAAAUGGCUAAUCGAACAAGCACAGGUCCAGUGAACCAGACAGACAGAGAGAAGGAGAAGGAGAGAGCCAAGGCCAAGGCCGUGUGUGCUGACAUAGACUGUGGCUCUCUGAAAGGAGAGGAGAGCACAGGAGAGUCUGCUGUGAAACUGCACGGCCUGAGACGGACCAGCAGUAGCAAAUACCCCGAACUGUCAUCACCCACCACACCAAGGAUGCUGAACACUAAAUCUCUGGGUCGUCCACCCAGCUUGGCUCACCUGGACAAAGUCAACUCCAACAGUCUCGACUCCUGCGUGACCAUCCAUGACCUCCCACCCAAAGUCCCCCCUUAUUCCAAACUUCAGGACUUGGCCGGUUCCCACACUGCCACCCACCUCACCCCCAGCCCGGCGCCUGUGCUCAACAUCGAUUCCCCUGGUUCCUACACCAGUGAAAGCCUGAGCCUGAGUGGAUCCCCGCUGCUCUACCCGAAGCUGUCUGGCAUGCACCGCAGCAUGGAGUCCCUGCCCCUUCAGAUGAGUGUGCCUUCUAGUGCGAGGUUUGUUGCCACAGAGAUGCAGGAAAAGGAGAGGGGAACAGGAACAUGGGGAGCUGGGAGCAGGACAUCCCUUAACCUCCCAGAUAGCCUGCAAACAAACAGGAAUACCUUGCCGAAGAAAGGCUUAGAACGCUAUGGCUCAAGCCUGUCAGAGAGUGAAGGAAGCAAACCCGCAAGGCGCCACUCCCACAACAUAGUCAGCAUGACGGAUAGCGAUAGCCCCCCUCAGCUGCCCUCUCCCACCCGCCCGCUCCACCCCUCCUCCAGCAAGGCUCCUCUCACCAACGUGGUUGCCCCAAUUUCCAGUGGUACCCCGAGGAUAUCACGCUCCAACAGCAUAGGACCCCCCAGUGACUCAGCCUGUGAUCUCUAUGGAUCUUCCCCGCCGGGAAGCAGUAUGUCCCUGGCUGACCGGCCAAAAAGCAUGAUGCGGUCUGGGUCUUUCCGUGAUUCAGGGGAUGAUGUGCAUGGCUCUGUGCUCUCUUUGGCGUCCAAUGCUUCUUCCAACUAUUCCACUAAUGAGGAGAGGAUACAAGGGGAGCAAAUCCGCAAGUUGAGGCGAGAACUGGAAUCCUCGCAGGAAAAGGUUGCCAACUUGACCAUGCAGCUUUCUGCUAAUCAGCUAGGCCAGGCUAAUCUGGUAGCAGCAUUUGAGCAGAGUCUGGCACUGAUGACAGCGCGCCUGCAGACCCUGUCGGUCUCCUCAGAACAGAAGGACUCUGAGCUCACUGAGCUCAAGGACACCAUCGACGCUCUGAAGACCAAAAACACAGAAGCCCAGGAAAUCAUUCAUGGGGCUCUCAGUAAUCCAGACAUCACACCUAAAGAACUGCUGAUCAAUCGGCAGAACUCCUCAGAAAGCAUCUCAAGCCUCACCAGCACCACCAGCCACUCAAGUAUGGGCAGUCUCAAGGAGCAGGAUGCCAAGAAGAAGAAGAAGAAGAGCUGGUUACGCAGCUCCUUCAACAAGGCCUUUAGUAAGAAGGGCGCCAAGCCAGCAGGGCCAUAUGCUGACAUUGAGGAAAUUUCCACCCCAGAGUCUUCGGCACCUUCUUCUCCCAAAGUCCACCACGAUGGGGAUAACCCUUCAUCAUCAAUGAAAUCCUCAACCUCUGCAUCAUCAUCCAGACUCAGUGUGGGGGAAGAGGGUGACGUGGUGGAUGAAAAGGUUGUAUCAGAAUUGCGCUCAGAACUGUGGGAGAAGGAGCGUAAACUUACAGACAUCCGCCUGGAGGCUCUAAGCUCUGCCCAUAAGCUGGAGCAGCUGCAGGAGACCAUGACCAACAUGCAGAAGACAGUGGAGAACCUGAAGGCUGAGAACGACCAUCUGAAGACAGGAAGUCUGUCCCCUUGUCCAUCUCCUGGACCGUCCAGCUCUGUCUCCCAGUCCUCAGGUCUCACUGCUCUGGGAAGUUCUUCACCGCGACAGUCAGUAGCCAUGAACAUGCCCAAAAGCUACAGCAGAGGACUGAGUGAGGGGACCAGCUCAGAUGUCCUCCCAGAUUCUCUCAGCCUUUCCUCACAGAGAGACGAUCACCGUGUGAGGGUGGUGGUUUGUGUGGCAGAUUUACAUGUCUUCAAAGAUGAGGUUAAACAGCAGGAUUUCUUCAUCGGUACUGUCAGGGUGAAUGGCAGGAUGGACUGGUCCAUGCUGGAUUCAGCUGUCAGCCAGGCGUUCAAGGUCUACAUAGCCAAGGUGGACCCCACCUCCAGUCUGGGCCUGUCUACUGACUCCAUCUACAGCUACAGUAUGGGCCACAUUAAGAGAGUUCUGGGAGGAGAGGCUCCAGAGACCCAGCCCUCUCGCUGCAUGUCCCGAGGCCCCAGUGGCAUCACGGUGGCUCUAAAGGGUUUGAAGGAGAAGUGUGUGGACAGCCUGGUAUUCGAGACCCUCAUUCCCAAACCCAUGAUGCAACACUAUAUCAGUCUGCUUCUCAAACAUCGCCGUCUCAUCCUGUCUGGACCAAGCGGAACGGGUAAGAGCUACCUCGCUUCCCGGCUGGCUGAGUACCUGGUGGACCGCAGUGCCCGCGAAGUCACAGACGGCAUCAUGGUCACUUUCAACAUGCAUCGCCAGUCAUGCAAGGAUCUGCAGCUUUAUCUUUCCAACUUGGCCAAUCAAAUCGAUCGGGAAACCAGUGCAUCAGAAAUACCACUGGUAGUUAUUCUGGAUGAUAUUCACGACCCUGCUGCCAUCAGUGAACUUGUCAAUGGCGCUCUCACCUGCAAAUAUCACAAAUGCCCGUACAUUAUUGGAACAAGCAAUCAACCAGUGAAGAUGACAGCGAAUCACAGUCUGCACCUGAGCUUCAGGAUGGUGACCUUCUCCAACAAUGUGGAGCCAGCCAACGGCUUCCUGGUGCGUUACCUGCACAGGAAGCUGAUGGAGUCUGAGGAUGAGAGGAACUUGACCAAUGAGGACCUGAUCAGGGUGUUAGACUGGGUGCCCAAACUGUGGUAUCACCUGCACACCUUCCUGGAGAAGCACAGUACAUCGGACUUCCUCAUUGGCCCUUGCUUUUUCCUGUCCUGUCCAGUCACUGUGGAUGAGUUUCGAUCAUGGUUCAUUGACCUUUGGAACCACUCUAUUAUUCCGUACUUACAAGAGGGCGCCAAGGACGGCAUCAAGGUCCACGGCCAGAAGGCAGUAUGGGAGGACCCAGUGGACUGGGUGAGGGGCACCCUGCCUUGGCCGUCUGCCCAGCAGGACCAGGCAAAGCUUUUCCAUCUGCCUCCCCCCAGCAUAAGCUCCAGCAGUCCUGGUCAGCCCAGUGAGGAGAGGCCUCACAAGGAGACUCCCCCCAGCUCCAUGGAAUCUGAUCCACUGAUGGCAAUGCUUCUGAAACUUCAAGAGGCUGCCAAUUACAUUGAAUCCCCAGACAAAGAAGACCCCAGCCUGCCUAAACUUUGAACACAAAGCUUACACUUAAUGCUUAGCACUUCAAAUGUUAUUUUUAUUUUUUUAUCCACUGUAAUGACGCAGUGUACAUUCAGGAACAAAUGAACCCUCAGAAAUGGUUGUAGGGUGAUUUAAACUGUCAUUCCUGCAGUAGGAAGUUAAUGCGUGACUGGUUAAUUCCAAAUCAUCUUAAAACAUACAGUAUUUUCAAAAACUGUUCAUAAAUAUAGAAUGAGAAACUAUAUACUUUAGGAUAUAGUUAACUGGAUGACAUUCACUUCAGUUCCGAUCCCUUUAUACCACUUUUGUCCUUUUAGAUCGGUGCUAAUAGCUCACUAUAAAACUCAUCGUCUCAGCACUUACAAUUCAGGUGAUUAUUGCAGCAGCACACGCAGUCCAUCCUGCUUCGUGCUCAAGUGCAUCAUGGGAUACAGUGUGCUUAUCAAAUGGAGCUAUUCUCAAUUAAUGGUGACUCAUUUUGGAAAAGAGUAUGACAGCAUGACAGAUGCUACUAUUUAUUGCAAAGUUCUUCGGUACAUAUCUACUGUAUAAGUCUCUCAAGGCCAAAUCUUAUACAUAUGCAAUCCUGAACUUUACAGCCCAAGCAGGUGAAAAAAAGUAAAAUGCCUUAAGAACAAAGACAUCAGUGUCACCUCAACUUCAGCAGAGUAUACUGGUGCUUUCAUUGAUAUCAUCCCAGCUAAGACAGCCAGAAAUCAAUUGUUUCCUCUACUCUAUCCAUUAUUUAUUUUCAAUUAAUCAUCUUUUUUUUCAUUAUCAGUUCAGUUUAAGGGGGUGAAGACAACAUCAGGUACCUUCCUUCUUUUAUCAUGUAUUUGGUGCAUAAGCUGGAGAAUUGCUGUCAUACUCUUUUGCAUAAAACAAGACUUAUUUAUUUGUGAUCAAAUGUAAGUUGAUCACGUUGUGGCUGCACACUCAACUUUUUUUCCAAGCACUUAAUUUAAUUUUAUGAACUUCUUUAUGUAAAAAAAAAAACAAAUAAUGUCACCACUAUUGCCAUAUAUAUCAGGUAUUAGAUUCGUUAGAUACUUCACAGGGAUGAUAAUAUAACAAACACCCUCUAAGUAAAUUGAGCAAAUGCUAUUUGAAUCCAAUUCUGAUUUUUUUUUUUCUAGAGUGUUUAUUUUAGAAAAAGUACAGUUUCCCCCAACAUUCACAGUAGUUAGUGUAUAUAUUAUGUACAUACGAUCAGGCUACAUUGCAGUUAUUUUAUCUGCAACAGUUGCGUGGUGCAAAUAUCAAAUAUACCGAACCAAAUACUGUAAUGAAACUUAAACCAUGCUUAUUGACUGUCAAGUUUAGGUUUAACUGCUUAUAUGAAUGUAUAGAAAACACUUGUAAAAAAGAAAAAAGAAACAUUUAACAGUAUCAAUCAUCUCGUAGGUGCUUUUACAGGAUGCAUCAUCACAGAGCUCCACUGCAAGACACUUGUAACACUGGCUAAAUAGAAUGACUUUAAAGCUACCUAUGCCCAUUUCAUUUGCAACAGACCAUGCACUUCACAAACAGAGUUAAGAAUUUCUUUGUUAAUGACUUUCAUGCAUAUUAUCAACAUUUAGGUGUGUACGGUGCUCUUUAACAUUGUCCCCAAACUGUUUUAAGUGUUCAAUAAAGAUCAUGUAGACAUUCAGGGUAGGCCGGCAAGAAUUGUGUGUACUAGAAGUGUCAGAUGCUAAAGAUAUGAUGAUAUAUGAUAUUUUUUAGGACGUGUUGUCGAAGAAGUGUUGAAGACAUUUAGAGACAGUGAAGUCAUGUGAGACAUUGUAUGGUGUUUGCCCACAUUGAUGUCGUACGAUAUUCAUAUUUGAGAACGUUUUGGGUACACGACACGAUAAAAACAGAUUAAAUUGUCGAUGGAUUCAACAGGAAAACACUUAUAAGGUACUUUGUGUAGAUUUUUGUUUAAAAAAAAAGCCCAUGUGGAGUAAAGGACUUAUAACGUAUUAAGUGGACUCAAGGAUUGUGCAAGUGGUGUCGAAAUAAUUCAUCUCUUCAUCCAAAAUCUCUUCUUCUUUCUUCUUAAAUGAAUGUCAGACCACUUUGAUGACAGCUUAAUAAGAAAUGUUAACAUUUUAAAUAGUCUCUGAGCUGCUUGUUGCUUAGUUAUUGCACUGUUUGCAUAAGGCUUAUGACAAAACCUAAAGCUAAUCCUCAGCUCUGAUUGGUGACUGUAAUCUAAGAAAAAAAUAAUGAAUUAAAGACAUUACAGAGGAAAAGAUGCCAAAGGUCCAGUGAGUCUCACACUGGCCACAUGAGUAUAAUUUAAGUUUUGUAAAUAUUUCAGAUAGUAUUACGAACCCCACCCUGAUCUGUUUCUGCAGGUUAACAAAAGCCAUCCGCUCGAGCGUCUCAUCUCAUUCACUGGUUGUUGUGCCUGUUGCUCUGUAGUAGCUGUGAUUUGUGUUUGCUUACUAGUGUAUCAGGACUAUGCAGCAACUUCUACUGGUGUUGGCAAUUUGCAAAUGUCUGAACUUCAUGAGCAAAUGCUGUGUGUUUUCAUCUGGUCUGUCUUUGAGUUCUUAAUUUGGACCAAAUUGCACCACAGGAUAAAAGUGAAAGCUUGUUUCAGCGGGUGAUACUGAGCCUUAAAGAGAGGAGGAUUUGUUUGGCGUUGCAUUGAGAACAGGGUUAAUUAACUUACUUAAAGAAAUUAAGAUGUUUGAAAGCAGUUUGAUGUGUUUUGUCCUUAUGAAUGACAACAAAGUAUCAAAACUGGGCUUGUAAAUGGUCAGUAAAAUGACGAUAAAAAAAAUUAAUAAGUUGAUUUAAAAUCAGACUUUGAGCCCAAAAUAUUUGGCAAGAAUCAGCACUUCACAGUUUAAUUUUUAAAAUAAUUAAACCAGAUACAAGAUUAAUCUGAUAGGCCAAUACAGGUUGCUGAAUAGUCAUAUUUUUGCAAAGCUUGUCGUGGACUAAACAGAAGACUUUAAAAAAAUGUUAUGCGGUAUCUAAUGUCACUGACGUGCAAAUGUUAAGGGUUUCUAAGUGUUGUAAAUGCAUGUAAACUUUGCUAUGUGAUGAGAAAAAUGUUAACAUUAAUGUAUUGUUUAGGAAAAUCAUUCUAGAUAAUGUUUUCUUUUUUUAAUACUCAGAUAUUUGAUAUUUCUUUUUCUUUUUUUUCUAAAGAAUCCUUUGUAAAACUUCAUUUCUCUAUUUUGUACAGGACAUCAUUGUAAAGAUUGUAAAUAGGUUGGCAUUCUGGAUGCGGCAACAAUCACUGAGGAGGGAAAAAAAAAUCAUCCUUAAGACAUCAGUAUAUUUCUUCAGAGUUGGGUCCGAUAUAUGGAUAAGGCAUGCUUCUGAAGGCUUUCAUCCACCUAUCACUGUUUGUUGGAAUCAAUAAAAUACAUGUUAUAUUUA